AUGUCGGCGCGGCGGCGGCGGAGGGCGGCCGCCGAGGAGGAGGAGGAGGAGGAGGAGGAGGAGGAGGAGGCGGCGGCGGAGGAGGAGGAGGCGGCGACGGGUAGCGACAAGGAAGUGGAUUUGGAAGAAAGACUUGUCGAGUUGGAUCUUAGAAGUGAUUCAGAUGUUCCUGAUGUUCCUCCACCAACAGACAGCACUCCAGAAAUCCUCAAAAGGGCUUUGUCAGGCUUGUCUGCCAGAUGGAAAAAUUGGUGGAUUCGUGGAAUUCUCACUCUAGCUAUGAUUUCUGUGUUUUUUCUGAUCAUAUACCUGGGAUCAUUUAUGCUGAUGCUUUUGGUCUUAAGCAUCCAAGUGAAGUGUUACCACGAAAUCAUUACUAUAGGUUACAGAGUCUACCACUCGUAUGAUUUACCAUGGUUUAGAUCCCUCAGCUGGUACUUUUUGCUGUGUGUAAACUACUUCUUUUAUGGAGAGACUGUAGCUGAUUACUUCGCUACGUUUGUUCAGAGAAGAGAACAGCUUCAAUUCCUAAUUCGUUACCACAGGUUUAUAUCUUUUGCGCUCUAUUUAACGGGUUUCUGCAUGUUUGUUUUGAGUUUAGUGAAGAAACAUUAUCGUCUGCAGUUUUACAUGUUCGCAUGGACUCAUGUCACUUUGCUGAUCACUGUAACUCAAUCUCAUCUUGUCAUCCAAAAUCUCUUUGAAGGCAUGAUCUGGUUUCUGGUUCCAAUUUCAAGUGUUAUCUGCAAUGAUAUUACCGCUUACAUUUUUGGAUUCUUCUUUGGCAGAACUCCAUUAAUUAAGCUGUCUCCCAAGAAGACCUGGGAAGGGUUCAUUGGAGGCUUCUUUUCCACAGUUGUAUUUGGAUUUAUUUUUUCCUAUUUUUUGGCUCAACAUCAGUACUUUGUCUGCCCUGUGGAAUAUAACAGUGAAACCAACAGAUUUGUGACAGAGUGUGAACCUUCAGAGCUCUUUCAGAUGAAGAAGUACUCUGUGCCACCAUUGCUUCAGGCUGUGUUGGGAUGGGAAACGGUGAAUAUGUACCCAUUUCAGAUGCACAGCAUUGCACUGUCAACAUUUGCCUCAUUAAUUGGGCCAUUUGGAGGAUUCUUCGCUAGUGGAUUUAAAAGAGCUUUCAAAAUCAAGGAUUUUGCAGACACAAUCCCUGGGCAUGGUGGGAUAAUGGAUCGCUUUGAUUGUCAGUACUUGAUGGCUACUUUUGUUCAUGUCUACAUCACCAGUUUCAUAAGGGGUCCAAAUCCCAGCAAAUUACUGAAGCAGCUAUUAAUACUUCAACCUGAGCAACAGCUAAGCGUGUAUAAAACCCUGAAAUCUCACCUUGUCGAAAAAGGGAUCCUGCAGCCAUCUCUGAGAGGGUAGUUUGUCAAAACAGAGGACUAGAAGAUAGCUCCAUUUACAAGAAGCCCGUGGAAAAACAUUGCAAAUGUGCACAUAGAUAAUAGCUAAAAGAAGAGUAGUUUGUGGCCUGGAAGAGGUGAAUGUUUCCUGAAAUGAAUGUGAAUGCUAUGACUUCCUAUUAGGACACAGAAGAUCUCUUACUCCUAAAAUAAUUAAAAUGCUUGCAAGGUAACAGUACACGUGCUGUAUAUUUUAGUUCCUGAAGCAGACGGCAGCAGACUUCCUCCAGCACCCAGCCUGACAGGCUUUGUAUUUAAAAAAACAAAAAAAUAAAAUUCACCGUUAGCUUUUAAUGAGUUAUUUAAUAUUGUAUAUCUUAGCAAUACUUUUUUGGUCUCCAGUGGUUACUGAAGCAUAAACAGAUGAGGCAGGUGGUCACUUUUAUGUAGCCCAGUGCUGAAGUUACAAUUGGCCAGAAAAUACUUGUUAGCCCAGUCAAAGAGGUACUUGCAGCCUGCUGUAUCAGACUACCUGUAUUUACUAAGUCGCUAUGAAGGUUAAACUUAGCUCUGUUUUUAAUUAAGUAGCUUUCUUAUGAAACUAUUUCAUGCUUUCAAGAGAAAAGUACUUUUACUGAAGUAUAGCUGGGCUGUUUGGGCUGUGGAGCUGCUAUUUUUUUGAUUGAUGUUACAGAUUAUAAACAAGUGUCUACAUCCAAGAGUAGAGAUUACCUGAGAAAAUUGGAUUCUCCAACCCAGUAAACAGAUUGGGGAGAAUCUGGAGUUUAAGCUCUUGGUUUCCACGGCCUGGUCAGUGUCUGAAGACAGUAAUUCAAGCCUUAUUCCUUGUGCCUCUUAACUACCAUGCAGAAUUUGGGGGUAUUUCCUUCUUUUGAAAAGCACUUUGAGUUCCCAAGUAAAAAGUGAAGUUUAAGUGCUGUUUUAUUAACGUGUUACUCAGUGAAGGUAGAAACUUUUAUCUCAUGAAUGCGCUCAGUGCAAGACAGGAUGCAUGGUUCUUCUGCUGUGUGUUGUUAUAGAUUAAGAAGAUCCUCAAGCAAGCUUGGGUAACCACAUAGGUGUUUGAAUGGAGAAUUUUUAUAGAAAGCAGCUAUUCUGUAGACUUAGUGGGGCAUAUGAGGAAGGCUGAUGCUCUGUAAUUCUCAAUCCUAGCAGUUUUCUAACUUUUUUCAUCAUGUGACAUGUCUUGAUGCAAAUAAAAAUAUAAACUUUUUUUGAAAUGACAAAAAUGACUCCUGUACAGACAGAAAGCACAAAUGCCGGUUUUGUUUUGGUAUACUGUAACUUGAUAAAAUUUAAUUUUUCCAACUAAUUGUAAAUACGUUUCUCCUGCGGUGAACAUACCGAUGCCACAUAUAUGUGUGUGUGUAUAUAUAAAAUAUUAAAAGGUGUAUGUAUGUAUAUAUUUAAAGGUGAAAAUUUUAAAUGGUUGGUGCUACUUGAGGAUAAAACCAUGGAGAAAAUCACUAGGGUGGCUGAUAAGCUGUAAAAUUCAGACUGCUUUUUGUUGAACACCAUGCAGCUGAGACCACCGUGCACUCUGUUUUGCACUUAGGCCAUGGUAGCGUAUGUACAGCUUGUGUAUGGAAAAGCACCCCUGUACAUGGCUAUGAAACGAAAUCCAGGUCUAAAGCAAUUCCUGUUGAUGUCAGGUAUUUGACAGAAUUAAAUUGUGUCUGACCUGGAGACUGCAGUACUCUAUUGAAGGAACACUCCAAGAGGUGAAAAAUGUCGCCAGCUGCUUGUCCAUCAGUGGCCAU